AAUCAAAAUUGACCGAAUUAUUCAGCCCGAGACUUGUCAAUUUUAGCAACAAGAAAUGUCAUGUUAAGAAAUUGUCUAUUUUCAGCAAAAUAAUGGGUUGUUUACUUGUAAAAUUGGGGUUUAAGUCAUCCCAUGAAACAUUGGAAGAAGAACAGCCAAAGGUUUAUUCAUGGGAUAAGAGACCUAAAGUGGAUCCUUCAAAUUACAUGUUUGAUGGUUUAACAGAUCAUACAGUUGGUAAAUUACCAGGAUCUCUAAAUGGCAAGCAAUUCAUUGUACAAAAUUGUAAGAAUUGUAACAUAUAUUUAUAUGAUUACACCAGCACUGUUACUGUAGAUGAUUGUAUAGACUGUAACUUUUUUAUUGGACCAAUUCAAACCAGUAUAUUUAUACGUGACUGUACGGGUUGUAAGUUUGUUGUGGCUUGUCAACAGUUCCGAUUGAGAGAUUGCCAGAAUUUAGAUGCGUUCCUGUGCUGUGCUACGCAACCUAUCAUAGAGUCGUCGUCCCGUGUAAAACUUGCGUGUUUUACCUAUUACUAUCCAGAACUUGCUGGCCAGUUUAAAGAAGCGAAAUUAAGUGUGUUCAAUAACAAUUGGAGUAAUAUUCACGAUUUUACGCAAGAUGACAACAUGAAACAUUUCACCUUAUUACCAGAGGAUUGUAAAGUUGAUGAUUUUGUGCCAUUACCAAGUACAGAAGACUUUCAGUUCCUUGAGAUAAGCCUGGAUCCUAAAAAAAGUGUAGUACCACGGUCACUAGGUAACAGGAGGAAGACUUCAGAUGAGUCUUGUCUGAUAGUGUUUUUCUUUGAUGGGAGUUCACAAGAACGUGCCUUGAAAUUCAUAGAUGAAAUGACAAAUUCUCAUCCUGACUGUAUACUGGUUCAAACAAAAGAGCUGAAGAUGACACCACCUGAUGCAUUACGAGUGUUUGGGUCAGAUGCCUACGAUGUAGUUGUCAGUCGAGGCCCAGUGAUAGGUUUGGAGUAUAAUGGUGAGAACUGUAUACAGAUUUGUCAGGAGGUUAUUAUGGGGAUCACGAAGGGAUUAACGGGACUCGUGUUCAUCAGUCAGUCACGUGAGACAGCUGACGAAGAGAUUGAAAACUAUUAUAACUUUGCUGACAUGCAGAUGGCAGUUUGAUAAAG